AUGGAGACGCCCCGGACGAGGUACCUUGGCCUCAUGCGCGUCGUCUCGAUCGUCCCCAUCACGUGCAUGCUGCUCUUCGCGUCGCUCAACUGGCGCCUCGUGCUCGACUACGUGUACAUGGACCGCGAAGCGCUCUUCGUCGUCCGGCGGUGGACGUUACCGGCGCCAGCGCCGACGCCGUUCUCGACCAAGACGCGCUACGACGCUGCGCUGCCGUUCGAGCCGCAUGGCCUCGACGACCUGCGCUCGCUGCCCCAGUGCAAGCUCGUGCAGAUGAAUGCGCUCCUCCGCCAUGGCACGCGGUACCCCAUGGCGCCCGAGUUUGCCAAAAUGCAGAACGUGCUCGUCUGGCUCCAGUCCACGUUCCACGACGACGUGCCAGCGUGGCUCCAAGCGUACAACUUUAGCUACGACGCGCAUGCAGCCGAAGGUCUGGCGCCCGCGGGUAUCCGCGAGCUCGCGGACCUCGGGCAGCGCGCCGGCCGCCUUGCCGACCGUCUAGGCUUGUCGCGCGACUAUACUCCAGCGCACUACGUCGUCGAGCACACGCACGUUGCCCGGACCAAAGCGAGCGCCAUUGCCUUUGCCAACGCAUAUUUUACAAAUGCGACGUCCGUCACCUACGUCGUAAAGCCCGCCGGCGAGGACGUCGAGUUGCGCUUCUUUGACAACUGCCCGCGCUACUUGCGCGACGUUCGUAACAACAAGACGGCCAUGACGAUCGAAACCAAACGCUUCGAAGCGUCGGCGCGCGCCAAAGCGCUCGUCGAUGAGUUGCAUCGCGCGCUGCAGCUGCCGCCGACCGCACAGCUCUCGUUCAGCGAGCUCAAGACCAUCUACGACGCGUGCUCGUACGACGUCGCGCUCUUCCACGACCGCCGCACGUGGUGCCGCCUCUUCUCGGUCAAGGCGCUGCGACUCCUCGACUUCUACGCCGACUUGAAAAAGUACUACGAGUGCGGCACGGGCUAUGAGAUCUCGUAUGCGAUCGCGGCGCCGCUCUUGGCGCAGAUGCUGCGCACGAUGGAGGCCGCCGCUUCGAACCCGCUGGGCGUCGUCGGGUAUUUUCGUUUUGCGCACGCCGAAACCGUGCUCCCGCUCGUGUGUCUCCUCGGUCUCUGCACCGACACCAAGCUCCUUGCUGCCUUCGACGAUGAUGAAAUCGCCCACCGCGUCUUCAACGUCGCUGCCAUCUCGCCGUUUGCGGGCAACGUGGUCUUUCAUUUGUUUGCGUGUGGCGACGAGCACCGCGUCCAGCUGCUUUUGAACGAGCGGCUCGUACGGCUUCCGAGCUGCGGCGAGAAGGGCUACUGCACGCUGCCCGAGCUCCGCACCAUCUACGCGGCAGCGCUGACGUACAACUUUACAGAGCACUGCCGCGUCUAAGUCGCGCAGGAGAAUCACCGCCUCUUUACACUGCAAAUGACGGUUGCGAGAUCAAUGUCACGAGGUCGUUGCAGCGCC